AUGAGUUCCGCUUCCUCCCGCAUCGCGCACCACCACAUGUUCUACCCUAAGGUUAAGGCAGGUGGUGGGGGUUUCAUGCACGGCAGCAGGGUCGCCGCCCCGUCGUCGGUCGACUGGUGGCAGAAGGGCGCGGUGACUGCCGUCAAGGACCAGGGGCAGUGCGGUAGCUGCUGGGCCUUCUCAACGAUCGCAGUGGUGGACGACAUCAACGCGAUCCGGACCAAGAACCUGACGUCGCUCUCGGAGCAGCAGCUGGUGGACUGCGACACCGCCGACAGCCAUGGUGCCUUGAAUUGGUCAUACAAGGCCAUCAAACAAUUGGGCCAUUUAAGGGAAACGAGGUGCUCCCAAAAGAACCCUUUGGACUACCUGGACACUCUUUGUUGA